AUGCUGACGAUUGAACACAGAGUGUUUCUUGUGGAGCAUGUGUUCCUCAAUCGAGACAAGUUUACCUCAGCAGAAGAAGCUGCAUUUGCAGCAAAGUCCCCAGGAUUGAAGAUGCCUAUCCGCAAUGCAUUACGGAACAUCAUCACUAAGUUUCGAAAGACUGGAAGCCUUCCUAAUGCUCCAAAAUCAGCCAGGCCAUCCACUUCCACUGGAAGCGUUCAUAAUGCUCCAAAAUUAGGCAUGCCAUUCACAUCCACUGGGAGCAUUUAUAAUGCUCCAAAAUCAGGCAGGCCAUCUACAUCCACCAGAGGUGUUCAUAAUGCUGCAAAAUCAGGCAGGCCAUCCACAUCCACCAGAGGUGUUCAUAAUGCUUCAAAACCAGGCAGGCCAUCCACAUCCACCAGAAGUGUUCAUAAUGCAUCAAAAUCAGGCAGGCCAACCACAUCCACCAGAGGUGUUCAAAAUGCUCCAAAAUCAGGCAGGCCAUCUACAUCCACCAGAGGUGUUCAUAAUGCUUCAGAAUCAGACAGGCCGUCCACAUCCACCGGAAGUAUUCAGAUUUCUCCAAAAUCAGGUAUGCCACCCACAUCUCCUGGAAGCGUUCAUAAUGUUCCAAAAUCAGGCAGGCCAUCUACAUCCACCAGAGGCAUUCAUAAUGCUCCAGAAUUAGGCAGGCCAUCCACAUCCGCUGGAAGUGUUCAUAAUGCUCCAAAAUCAGGCAGGCUAUCCACAUCCACCAAAAGCGUUCAUAAUGCGCCAAAAUCAAGCACACCACCCACAUCCAAUGGAAGUGUUUCUAAUGCUCGAAAAUUAGGCACGCCACCCACAUCCACUAGAAGUGUUCAUAAUGCUCCAAAAUUAGGCAUGCCAUCCACAUCCACUGGAAGCGUUCAUAAUGCUCCAAAAUCAGGCAGGCCAUCCACAUCCACUGGAAGUGUUCAUAAUGCUCCAAAAUCAGGCAGGCCAUCCACAUCCACCAGAAGCGUUCAUAAUGCUCCAAAAUCAGGCACGCCACCCACAUCCACUGGAAGUGUUCAUAAUUCUCGAAAAUUAGGCAUGCCAUCCACAUCCACUGGAAGUGUUCAUAAUGAUCCAAAAUCAGGCAGGCCAUCCACAUCCACUGGAAGCGUUCUUCGUAAUGCUCCAAACCAGGCAGGCCAUCCACAUCCACCAGAGGUGUUCAUAAUGCUCAAAAAUCAGGCAGGCCAUCCACAUCCACUGGAAGCAUUCAUAAUGCUCCAAAAUUAG